AGUAACGGAAGCGGAAAUAGCACAACGGACGGAUAAGGAAGUGAUAUUGGAAUUUGUGAAAACGUACAUUGAUCUCAUACACAACCAGUGAGGUAGCUACCGUCUUCGUGGUUGGAAACGGGCACAACCCGUAUACCUUCAGAAACAAGUGUCCUGUGUGAAGGUACUUAAGGUGUUCACUGACUGAAAGCAGGCAUGUCGUCAACAUCCCAGAAACACAAAGAGUUUGUGGCAGAACCCAUGGGGGAGAAGCCAGUCAAUGCACUUGCUGGCAUUGGAGAGGUGCUUGGCAAGAGACUGGAGGAGAAGGGCUUCGACAAGGCUUACGUGGUCCUGGGUCAGUUCCUGGUGCUGAAGAAGGAUGAGGAACUAUUCCGGGACUGGCUGAAAGACUCAUGCGGGGCCAAUGUCAAACAGCAGGGUGAUUGCUAUGGCUGUCUGCGUGAAUGGUGCGAUUCCUUCCUGUAGAGAAGGUUUUGUUUUUUUCCAUUUUAUAUAACGUUUUCCCAAACAUCUAUUUACUUCUGGUCUCACAUUAAAUUUCACUUCAUAUGGGAACACUGCACAUGAGGCAGUUGCGCAAAGUCAUACAUUGGAACACCUGGUUAUUUUAUUCGAGUCACAAUUCAGAGACCUAUGGAUGCUUAAAUUAGUAAGACAUACUUUGCUGCAGUCAUCCAUGAGGUUGUUUCACCCAACUGUGUAGAUCUGUAAUCCUGACCUUUCCUAUGAUUAAUAUCUUUGGCUGUACAGAAGCCUUGGGGAUGAGUUAAUUUGUUUUCCUGCACUUUAUAUUUAAAUUUUGUUCUGUCAAAUAACCACUUUUUAUAAUUACUAUCCCUUCAUAAAUGUAUAACUAAUGCUUGUACUUAUCUCCAACUCUCUGACAGUUUGCCCCUGCAUUUAGUUAAAUGAACUUGUCGCUAAAUUAAUGAAUAGCAUUUUAAACCAUUUGACACCACAUGGCUUUGACAUCUAUAAGAUGUUGCACUGUUAAUUUUACAUCUGAGUUUACAGGAGACCGUUUUAAGAUGUACAUUUGUAAUAGCCCCAUGUUAUCUUAUGUGUUUGUUUUAAGAGAUGUUGAAGCGAUGCCUUAACGUUGUAAUGCUAAAGCAACAUUUAUCUGCAUUGUACCUUGACUUGUGGAGCAGUGCAUGCGGAUUAAGAAGCUAGCUACUACAAAUCACCUCAUUUUCAAACUUCACACAAAUGAAAGCCUGAAGUAAAACCACAGUAAGUAGCACUUUUUCAGGAAUUCAUUUAUGAGCAUACUUGUGUUGCUCUCUGUUUAAUCGUUGAAGGAUGGUUUUACUGAAACACUGGUUCAUGUUUUUGCAUAUUGACAGUGAAAGCAUGUUAGUUUUUUUCUUUUCUUUUGAAAUAAGCAACUGCAAGAUCUGGACAAUUCUGACUUUUUGAAGAAUAAAAAACAAAAUUACAUGCACAAAUAA